ACUGCACUUAGUAUUUUCUUCCAAGAAGCUGCGAUACCUCCCUGCGCGCAAGGACCUGGAACACAUUUUGGCCAGAUAACGCCAUGUAACACGCCAGCCACGCCACCAAAUUUUCCUGAUGCGCUAUUGGCGUUCUCCAAAAUGUCGGCGGGUGAUAAAACUCCCUCCGGAAUGUCGCCGAGCCAAAAUGGAUUGCAUCAGAACUCAAUGCAGAUGGGGAUGGCAGCGCAACACCACGGAGGACGAUGUAGCGUGACCGGGAACGCGCAGCAGCAAACGCAAAGUCAACAGUUGGGCCUAGGCGAGCCACAGAGAUAAAAGAAACUUGCGAUUCGGCGGCCCGUGCGCAAGAUUCCGAGGUCGCACGAUGUGCACGUAAACGGUGUUUAAAACAGGAGGCAAUGGUUUAUAAAAGAUCGACUAGCUCCCAAGGGUUGCACACUGCGUGUGACCGCGGGAGCGAUUAUUAGCCGAGAUUCACGCGCUCGUAUCUUCUCAUCCCUAGAAGAAGGACGCAUGAUUUUCCUACAAAGAAAACGAAAAAAAGAAACAAACACACACACACACACACACGCGCGUAUACACACAUACACAAACUGGACGCAAAGAAAAUGUCCAGAUUAAUUGUUUAGGACGUGCACGUCUCUAGAAGAAAACAAGGAUCUCUCUAAUCUCUCCAAUAGAAAGGAAUCUUCAUCUUUCUCGUUGAAUUGCACGAUUGUACGUGGAUCUCUAGAGUAGCUGAAAUACGACCCUCUCGAUUGUUUAUUCUUGUUAUUUCUUUGAUAUAUACGUAUACAGUGUACAUCGAAACACGACACGUCGAUCACGAUACGACAUUGAGCCUCUUCAAAACCUCUC